AGGCCCUCCUGGGGGAGGCACAAACACAGCCUGUGAGAACUGAGCUGUUGUCCAACAGCUGCUGGACCCCAAGACAGGAAGGAUACGGACUCAGCUACCUCUGCCACCAGCCCCGCCAGAUCCAGCACAAGGCACCAGCACCAUGACCUUCUCCGAGAUUCUGGAGCGCGUGGGCAGCAUGGGCCCCUUCCAGUACCUGCACCUGACCCUGCUCGCACUCCCGAUCCUCGGCAUGGCCAACCACAACCUGCUACAGAUCUUCACUGCCACCACCCCUGCCCACUACUGCCGUCCUCCCCCCAACGCCUCCGCUGGGCCCUGGGUGCUCCCCAGGGGCCCGAAUGGAAAGCCCGAGAAAUGCCUCCGUUUCGUUCACCUGCCGAACGCCAGCCUGCCCAAUGAGACCCACGGAACCACGGAGCCGUGUCUGGACGGCUGGGUCUACAAUGGCACCAUGGACACCAUUGUGACAGAGUGGGAUUUAGUGUGCAGCUCCGGCAAGCUGAAGGAGUUGGCCCAGUCUAUCUUCAUGGCGGGCAUCCUGGUUGGAGGACCUGUGUUUGGAGAACUCGCUGACAGGUUUGGUCGGAAGCCUAUCCUGACAUGCAGCUAUCUACUGCUGGCCGCCAGCGGCUCGGGCGCUGCCUUCAGCCCCACCCUCCUUGUCUACAUGCUGUUACGCUUCCUGUGUGGCUGUAGCAUCUCCGGCAUUACCCUCAGCACCGUCAUCUUGAAUGUGGAGUGGGUCCCCACCUGGAUAAGGGCCAUCUCAUCAACAACAAUCGGGUACUUCUACACCUUUGGCCAGUUCCUUCUGCCCGGCCUGGCCUAUGCUGUCCCCAAGUGGCGCUGGCUACAGUUAACCACGUCUGUUCCCUACUUCAUCUUCACCCUGUCAUCCUGGUGGACCCCAGAGUCUAUCCGCUGGCUAGUCCUGAAUGGAAAGUCCUCGAAGGCCCUGAAGACACUUCAGCGGGUAGCCACCUUCAAUGGCAUGAAAGAGGAAGGGGAAAAGCUCAGCUUGGAGGAGAUGAAACGCAAUCUACAGAAGGACAUCUCCUUGGCCAAGGUCAAGUAUGGCUUAGCUGACUUGAUCCGGGUACCCAUCCUGCGUCGCGUGACCUUCUGUCUUUCCAUAGCCUGGUUUUCCACUGGUUUUGCCUACUACAGUUUGGCUAUGGGGGUAGAAGAAUUUGGAGUCAACAUCUACAUUCUCCAGAUCAUCUUUGGUGGGGUGGACAUCCCAGCCAAGUUCAUCAGCAUCCUCUCUAUGUCCUAUCUGGGCCGGCGCAUCACUCUGUCUGUGGUCCUGCUCCUGGCGGGAGGAGCCAUCUUUAGUCUCAUCUUUGUGCCUUUAGACAUGCAGAUUGCGAGGACAGCCGUGGCCGUGUUUGGAAAGGGAUGCCUGUCCAGUUCCUUCAGCUGCCUCUUCCUCUACACGAGUGAACUCUACCCCACAGUCAUCCGGCAAACAGGUCUGGGUAUCAGUAACCUGUGGGCCCGCGUGGGAAGCAUGAUAGCCCCACUGGUGAAAAUCACCGGUGAGGUGCAGCCUUUCAUUCCCAAUGCCAUCUAUGGGACCACGAGUCUCCUGGGAGGCAUCGCUGCCUUCUUCCUGCUGGAGACUCUCAAUCGGCCCUUGCCAGAGACGAUCGAAGAUGUGGAAAGCUGGGCCCGGCAAGGAAAAGACACAAAGCAGGAGUCAGAAGCAGAAAAGGCAGCCCAGAGGAUUCCUCUGAAGCCUGGUGGAUCAGGCCCAGACCCCAGCUGAGAACGACACAACUCUUCUUGUCCCUCCAGAACCUGCCUCUGAGAUCUCCAGGCACCUUGGGGGUGGGGGAGACCUUGGAUGGGUCCAGGGUCCCAGAGUGAAGCUUUCUGAGGCUUCACCACCACCACCACCACUUUCUCCUCCUCCAGAGCCCUCAGUCCAGGCCUGGCCUGUUUGAACUUUGGGCCCUGGGCCUUUCCCUAAUCCAUUUAUCCUCCCUGCAACCCAGGCCCAGCCACUCUUCUGUCUGCCCCUUCUCUUCCCAUCACUCCCCCCUCCUCUCCUGAGGCUAGGUCUAACAGAGACGCUUUCCUCUCUUCUCCCCAAACCUUUGGUGGGAAAUUUCAAUAAACCGUGAUAAAGAACUCCACCCAUAUUGCUCAGGGAUGGGGAUAGGAAAGAACGCUGGCUACCAUAGGGGCCAGUGCAUGCACGCACCUGUCCAUCUGCACUUCAAGUACAUACAGAUGUGCACACACAGCAGCAUGCAAGCUGGGCCCAUGGGGGCAUGUGCAAUCUGCCCUACUUCGUUCGUGGUGCUGUAACAAGUGACUGCAGGCUAGGCACAGGAGUUCUACCUUAUUGCCAGAAUCAUUAUAUACCAUUUUGACCAAGUACAUUCAGAAAAAUAAUAAAUAAAAAUCAAAAGACAUGUCAAAACAGUAUUUGUUAAUUCACACACACACACACACACACACACACACACACACACAGUUUAGUUGAGGCAGAAAAACUCUUGGUCCUACAUUAAAUACCAGUUGUGUUU